AUCCUGUUCCAGCAAAAAAGUCGUCGUGUCCUUCGAGCGCUUUGUGUAUGCGCAUACACCGCACAUCAGUAUUCCAGGACACUGUGCAGUGGAAUGACGGUAUAUAUAUCCUCCCCCACUCCCGCUCAGCAGAGAGUGAAUCGAAGUUAGCUGUACUUUGUGAGAGAACCGAAGAGCUAAACGAAACGGAACCCGUUAUUACCGACAUACAGAGCCAAAAAAGUUCAAAUACAUAUCCGCAACCAAUUCCACAACCCACAACCCAUCCACUGCAUUUCCAACUUGUCACAUACUGCAUAACCUCCCAACUACCCACUUUACAUCCACACAUAUUGCGCUCUACGCCAUUGCACCAAUUUAGAUUUACUAUCCCCGCUCUUUAGUGACUAGCCAUCCAUCCGUCCACAACCCAUCCAUCACCUAUCCACCUCUUGCAGUGGAAACCACUCGUACAAUACACAUUUAAUAACCAAAAUGUCAUUCAAUCUCGUUCCAUCUCCGCCUCGACUCUCCGGCCCAUCCUCCUCCCUUGAUCAUACCUCGAGGCACGACGACAACUUUUCCUUUUCCGAAUUCCCCGAGUUUCCCGAUUUCGCAUCUCGCUCCAAAAGUGGAGAAAGAAGGGAAAGCGGAUCUUCAUCUUGUGAUAGCUGGAGUUUAGGGUCUUCGCCUACGGAUGAAUGUGAUGCUGAGAGAUCGCCAGAGCGGAAGGGGAAGAGAGUGUUGAGUGAUGGUGUCGAAGACGGAAAAGCGGAAGAAGAUGGUGAUGGUGAUGAACAGGGUAUUCACAGUUCACCACUCCUCAAUUCCGCGUCGCCUUCCCUCCGUCCUCGUCCGACGCUUUCACGUUUUACCUCUGAUCCCGGCCGUUCUUCCGUCUCCCACUCCCAAUCCCAUUCCCACUCCCAUACGUUUGCGCCGGUCCCACCACAGCGAGCUGUCCGCCCGAGAGGUCUUACCCCCCUCACCCCUCUCACGCCUUCCAUUCCUUCCUCUUCCCAUCCCACGUCCUCUGGGAUCAGCCCCGCCUCAUCGCACCCGCACCGACCAUCUGGCCUUCCCAAAUCCCAACCCCUCUCCCGCGCGCUUUUCGCGCGUAUGGCCGACACACCGCACUCGGGCAUGAGUCUCGGUAUCGCCGCUAACGGGUCAAAAGGAAAAGGAAAAGGACAAAAGAUUAUCGUACCCACGAAGAGUUUUAGGACGAGUUUUACGCUGGACAUGACGGCGAGUGAAUUGGCUAGGCGAUAAGCCCAGAGCACGAAAAGGGAAAGAUUACGAAUAUUAUGUUGGACGGACAAAAGCAUGAGCGCCUGCAUAAAGACUACUUUCUGGGAUAUUAGCAGUUUGGAAACGAAGAUUUAUCAGCUUCUUUUUGUGUGUACAUAGCUAUUCCACUCGCAAUUCAGUUUAUAUGUAACAGAGGAGAUGGAAGAGAACUAGUGUAAUAGCCCCAUUUGUUUUUGCUUGUAGAUGUAGAAUUUGCACCCCAACCAAUCACUCCGGUUCAAGGAAGAUUUGGGGAGUUGAGAUGGAUAUAUCAUCGAUAUUUAAAUCAUC